AUGUCGUUAUCUUUACAAAAACCACAAUCUUGUGCUGAACAAGAAAAAUUAGAAGAAAUGUCUAAUUACGCAGAGUCUUAUGAGUCCGACUAUGAAGUCGACCAGCAAGAACUGCAUUAUUAUAAUUUGUUUGAAAAGCCACGUGGAGAGCGCAGAUGGCUGGGAAAACAUCACCAUGGUGGAAAGGAACGCCUUCACAAUGCAGUGAAGGAUAGGACCUUCAUCGAGAAAAAUAUUAGGGCAGCAGAGCCGUUGAGCAAGAAAGCCAUCAACCGAAUUGAUGCAUCUACAAAUGAUAAUUUGAAGCUCAAUGUAGUGUACUCUGUCAACAAGAAAAAUCGUUGGCAAGAUGCCAAGACAACUUUCCUUUUGGCCGGAGCUCCAGAAAACGUGAAUGCAGAAGUUGUUGAGAAAAAUGGAUUGGCGCAAUUCGGAUUCAUCUACCCAGAGAAAUCAACAUUCGCUGUUCACUCAAGAGUUCUUAACAAAGAAAACAAACAGGGAGAAUUUGAAAUCAGAAGUGCCAUAACAUCAUCAGCGAGAGGACAAGAUUAUUCAAAUUUCCUCCCGAAUACUAGAGAGUUUAGUAAAAAGGCAAAUGCAAAAGUGAUGACACUUCGAAGUGAGGAAGUCGAUGAAGAUUCCAAGAGGCAACCAACAGUAUCCUACAAUAUCUAUAAAACUCAUAGAAGCCAAGAUGUUGUUGGAAAGGAAAUGUUCAAAGCGAAAGUCGUGUCAAAGUCAAGGAGACAUCGUCAAAAUAAAAAGGUUGAUAUGGAGAAUUAUGAUGAUUUGGAUGAAGAGUUUGAAGAUGAUGAAGACGAAGUUGUGGACUCACAUCGUCCGACGGGUGUUUUCGAUCUUGCUGCCUUCAAGGUGAGAACUCAAUCAAAACAAGCCCAUCCCAAAAACCGGAAAGACAGUGAAUUAUCGUAUGAUAUGGUUGAUUAUGAUGAACUAGAGACUGGAUCGGAGUACAGUCAACAGUUCAAUGUUCAAGAAUAUUUAAAUCAGGAAGGAUACACAUUCAUUCAGGCUGAUGUUACUUUUGUUAAGUUAACUGAACCUUUUGAGGAUCAGAUUAAUCAACUUCGCCUCGAAGGUGACCUCCGUGUCAAGGAUCUUCAAAAGAACCAGUACUUGAUUGAUAUUUCAAAACGAUGUCAACCAAAUGGAACUACGCAAGACGGAGAGACUACUGCUGUGAUAGUUCUUACUCAUUUGAAGCACAAAACAUACAACAUGAUCUUCAAUUCAACAAUUGGCGCUGACCCAAUCAGAAGGAAUGGAGAGAAUUUGAGAAAAAUAGUAUCAAGCGCGCCAACUGUUUUAGAGGUUAUAACUAAAAUUUCGGGAGACGUAGCGGAAGAUAAGCAACUUAUUAGCAGGAUUAAAACAUCUGAAAAAUUCUAUGGCCGGCCUUCAACUUCUGUUGACUGGAAUGAUCUUUCUCUACAACGCGCCACAUGUCCUAAUCAGUAUGACAAUGCAACUUGGGCAAACUCUGAAGAAUUGAGUGUGGUUGGAGGAAAAUUGGAAUGGGAUGAUUUAGUUGCUAUGGUGAAGAAAGAAAAUAAUUUGGUGACUUGCUACUCAUCUGAUGACUUCUGUGGAUUUUGUAAUCGAAAAAAGAAAUCCUUUGAACUAUUCCUCAUCAAGUCAUCAAGUGAAACAAAAAUCAAGUGCACUGAAUGUCUAAGAAAUGAGUUUUAUCGAGAAUUCAUUGCAAGAAGACUUCCAAUUGAUCUUCAAACUGAAACUGCUGAUGAAAUGGAAUAUCUUCCAAUAUUCAUUCCACUUACUCUUCUGAAUCUUUAUAUUCGAACAGUUGCGGAAACUAUUUACAAGGAUCUUGGUGCAACUGGAGAUUUUGAAAAGUGCCCUUCUUGCAAGUCAACUAUAUUUUUCGAAGAACCAGGGAAUGAAAAUAAAACUCAAAAUCGUUCAUGUCCAUGUGGAUAUUCUUGGUGUCGGGAUUGCAAGGGAGUACCUCAUUGGCCAAUGAAUUGUGAAAAUUAUGCUGAAUGGGAAAAGAAGUGGCUUGUAAGAUAUACUAUGAUAAAUGCCCAAGGAACUGGUACUGAAACACUUUUGCAAAUUACUUGUAGUUGUAAGACCUUCUACUCUGUCAAACUGCCGAAUAAGUUUGCUUCUUGCCCUGGAUGCAAAAUCAAUAUAAACACGGAGACCAUGAACUGUGUUUAUUAUCCAUACUAUUAUCCAUAUCCCGCAAGGUAUCGCGAGCAACAGAGAAGCUAUGACCAAUCUUUAAAGUAUGCCGAUAAUGGACCUUAUUGUCCAGUUGCUACAGUCUAUACUGAUAUCCGCUUGAUUCCUGCAAUCAAAGAUUCGGUAAUGAGAAUAUGUGCACGGACAAGAGAUCUACGACUUGACAUCAAACUUCGGAAUCGUUUUUUGAAGGCUGAACAAUUAUUGAUUAAAAAUGGAAUUCUGAAGACCGAAAUAUUGGAGAAUCUGCUAGGAACUGCUCUCUAUUUGGUUGAGAAUGUUACCGCAUGGAUGCACAUGACAAAUAGAAAGGACAAGAGUUUGAAGGAUCUGCUAGAAGAAAUCAUGGUGCAUCGCGAGAAGCUUUUGGAACUCUUGGAGCUGGAGAGCCAUGACGCUCUUAGAAAUUCUGUUCAACAAUUGAGGAAAGCAAUCGAUUCUGUAGUAGCAAGCGUCGAUGACAAGAUUGAGCAACUUAUAAAUUGAUUUUUUUUAAUUGUGUAUGAAAAAAUAUACUCGAAAAUAAAGUGUAUUCUUUACGA